AUGGCGCGGAGAGCUCGCAUCGACGAGCACAUGGCUCGUGAAAUCUUCCAGGUUCGCGUCCUCUUCCCUGCCGAAAAGACCUGGUCCCCUACGUCUCAAAGUGUGCUCCUCGCGCGGAAGUAUGGCAUCACUCCGAAAGCUGUGCGCGACAUCUGGAACAGACGAACUUGGAAGCAUGCUACCCAAAUCAUGUUCAGAGAAAGCGAGCCCAGCAUCCAGAGAGCAAAGGAAUCUGAGGAUCUACAAGAACCAGACAAGUUUCAGAAUGCGCAGAGAUCAGAAAAACCUGAGAAUGUAGAGAGAUCAGAUGAGUGUAUGGGCCCGGGAGAAUCAGAUCAGUCCAUAGGCUCGCACAGCAACAACUCAGUCCAUGUCGACGAGAGUCGUUCCUCAAAACCCACCGGUCUAAGGCAUGGAAGAGGCCCUGCAGAUCAAUCGACCUCGUAUGAUCCACAAGGAUGGAUGGUAUGCCCGCAAAUUAUUGAUCUAUUCUUAUCAGACGUGCCUGCUGCGGAUAAAGAUUGA